AUAUCACAUGCAAACCACUUUCACAUACAAAGACUAGAAUUUGCCUCACCAGCAAGUAAAGCACAAUCCCAUAUCACAUAAUUAAUAUCUACACAUACCACCUCUUCAAUAUAAACCAGCCAGAUUGCUGCUUUCUCAUAUUAAUUAGUAGCUUGUCUUAUAGUUUACCGAAACAACUCCUUGCUUCUACUUCUCCAGCUAUCCAGUAUCCACACAUGCAGCCAAAACCUCUCUAAGUGAUCAUCUAGUUUUCCUUCACCUAGCUAGAUACCCUUGAGAUUUUGUAUCAUUAUACAAGUGAGUGAACAUUUAAAACUGCAGAAAGAUGAGAGCAGGAAUUUGCAGUGUACAGCAGACUCUUACACCUGAGGCUGUAAGUUUAGUCAAACAAGCAGUUAGUCUUGCUAGGCGGCGAGGCCAUGCUCAAGUCACUCCUCUUCAUGUAGCAAGUACUAUGCUUGCUUCCUCUACUGGUCUUCUUAGAAGGGCUUGCCUUCAAGCCCACUCUCAUCCUCUUCAAUGCAAGGCUCUGGAGCUUUGCUUCAAUGUGGCACUUAAUCGCCUUCCUGCAUCUACUUCUAGUGCCUUGUUAGGGCCUCACUCUUCCUACCCUUCCCUCUCCAAUGCCUUGGUUGCAGCCUUUAAGCGAGCCCAGGCUCACCAACGGCGAGGCUCCAUCGAAAACCAGCAACAGCCCAUUUUAGCCUUGAAAAUUGAGAUAGAACAACUCAUAAUCUCUAUCCUAGAUGAUCCUAGUGUCAGUAGAGUCAUGAGGGAGGCUGGUUUUUCUAGUACUCAAGUGAAAAACAAAGUAGAACAAGCUGUUUCUUUGGAGAUCUGUCCUCAAAGUUCUGUUACUGUUAGUAGCCAAUCUAAAGAAAUCACCAAACCUCAAGUUCUUAGUGCUAGCGUGCCUCAGCCUUUACCUCUUAGUCAGUUUGGAAUCAUACAUGGAAAGCCAUUAGAUCAAGUAAGGAAUGAUGAUGUAAUGAGUGUCUUGAACGCAUUGGUGAGAAAAAAGAGAAACACUGUCAUAACAGGAGAGUGUCUGGCUACUGCUGAGAGUGUAGUUAGGGGAGUGAUGGACAAGUUCGAGAGAGGAGAGGCUUCUGGGGAUUUGAGGUCUGUGAGGUUCGUAAGCCUUCCUCUCUUCUCUUUAAGAAGUCUUUCCAAAGAGAAGCUUGAACAGAAGCUUGUGGAGCUUAGGUGCAUUGUGAAAAGUUAUAUGACUAAUGGGGUGGUUUUAUAUUUGGGUGAUCUAAAAUGGAUUUCUGAUUUUUGGUCAAGUUAUGGUGAGCAAAGGAGAAGCUACUACUGCACUGUAGAUCACAUAAUCAUGGAGAUCAAAACAUUAGUUCAUGGAUUCAGUGAAACGGGAAGGUUGUGGCUUAUGGGGAUUGCAACUUUCCAAACUUACAUGAAGUGUAAAGCAGGCCACCCUUCUCUAGAGACUAUGUGGGAACUUUAUCCUGUAACAAUUCCAAUUGGGAGCCUCAGCUUAAGUCUCAAACUUGAUAGUGAUUCACAAUCUCAUCAGUCCAGAAGCAAGGUAUCUAUGAAUGGGUCCAGUAAUUGGCCACUGCUUGAACGUGCAGUAGAUAACCACUCAACAUGCUGGACAGAUAACUCUGUCAAAUUCAAUAGAGAAUCUCAAAGCCUAGCAGGUAGGAUCCAAAACAAGGAAUCCACUACUGGCAUUACUAUUUCCACCGGCUCAAGCUUGCCCUUAUGGCUCCAGCGAUGCAAGGAAGAGACUGAAAGAAACACCACCAAUGACAAGGAAUAUCUAAGCAAUAAAGGGAGCUUGCUUUUUGGUUCAGUCCACAAACAGUCCUCCUAUCCUGAGAAAACCAUCAAAUUUGCUUCGUCACCUCCUUCGCCGAAUUCAGUCUCCUCGCAUGAACGCAACACCGACUCACAGCAGACACAUCUAAGUUGGCCAGUGAUUUUUGAACAUAAACAGCUUGAGAAAGAGAACCAGAUUUGGAUUUCAGAAUGCAGCAAUGAAGGUUAUGAAAGCAGUCUGAGAAAUGGUCCUAAACCUGACCUUUUGUCAAAUCCUAACUCUAGCCCAAAUUCAGCUUCUUCAAGUGAGGCAAUGGAUGAUAUGGAAGGCGUUCAAAGCUUUAAAGAGUUCAAUGACUACAACUUGAAGAAUCUACGUAAUGGCUUGGAGAAAAAGGUUCCAUGGCAAAAGGAUAUCAUUCCUGAAAUUGCAACCACCAUCCUUGAGUGCAGAUCUGGAAUGAGGAAAAGGAAGGGGAAGUUGAAUCACAUAGAAAACAAAGCAGAAACAUGGCUGUUUUUCUUAGGUGUUGAUUUUGAAGGCAAAGAGAACAUUGCAAGGGAGCUAGCUAGACUAGUUUUUGGCUCUCAAAGCAACUUUGUCUCAAUCGGUUUAAGCAAUUUCUCAUCAUCAAGAGCUGAUUCUACCGAAGAAUCCAAAAAAAAGAGAGCAAGAGAUGAAUUGGGUUGCAGCUAUCUUGAGAGACUUGGCCUAGCAUUGAAUGAGAACCCUCAUCGUGUGUUCUUCAUGGAAGAUGUGGAUGGAGUUGAUAACUGUUCUCAAAAGGGUAUCAAACAAGCAAUUGAAAAUGGAAGUGUAACACUUCCUGAUGGUGAAAAAGUUCCUCUUAAAGAUGCCAUUAUUGUUUUCAGUUGUGAAAGCUUCAGUUCAGUGUCCAGAGCGUGUUCACCUCCAAGAAGGCAAAAAACCAGGGACCAUGGAGACAAGGAAGAUGAGGGUGGCAUGGAGGAUAAAAGUCCUGUUCUUUCACUUGACUUAAAUAUUUCCUUUGAAGGUGAUAAUGGAGAUGAAUAUUCACUUGCAGAAAAUGGAAUCUUAGAAUCUGUGGAUAGACAGGUUAUUUUCAAAAUUCAAGAGUUGAUGAGAUAGGAGGGGCCGUAAUCUGUUAGAUUUCUAUAUGGAAGGACUUUCUUCUUUCUUUCCUUCUUUUUUGUUUUUUUUUUGUUUUUGUGAAUUUAUGUGGGGAGAGAAAUUAAACUAAGGGGAAAAAAGAAAAUUUCUUUUCUGAUCUUAUAUGGAGGGGGGAGCUGACAGGAUUUAGGCACUUCGCUAAGUAGGGCUCUGCUGUAUAUUUAUCUGUUUUUCUUUCUUAACUUGCUGUAACAUGUAAUAGAUUACUGCAUUUUGAAUCAUAGUUUUUCUCUAA